AUGGAUAUAAAGGUCCGAAAGUUGCUCGUAGACGUCCAUACUCACUGCUAUCUUCCACGAUACGCAGCAUUACUCCGUCAACGAACACUUCCACCCAGGAUAGUCUCCCAGAACCAGGAGGGGCACCAACUUUUCAUGUACAAUGGACAAAAAUCCGCUAGUCCUAUAGGUCCACAGUACUGGGACAGGAACGAAAAGCUCAAGUUUAUGAACUUACACGAUAUAGACGUGUCCAUCGUGUCGACCGCCAACCCGUGGCUCGACUUUCUGGAUAAGCCUUCCACAGCUUCCCAACUAGCAAACGAAUUAAAUGAGGACCUUGAAAACUACUGUGCAACAUCUCCAGGGGUGGAUGGGUUUGAUACAAUGAAACGUCUCUACGGUUUCGGACUUCUUCCCCUAAUCGAGGGUAUCGGCACCGAGGACCUCCUGCAGACGGUCAAGCACAUUACGGGUCUACCCCACCUGAAGGGUAUCAUCAUGGGCACACGAGGUGUUGGAAAGGGGCUAGAUGACCCAGCUCUGGAGCCCCUGUGGGAAGCCCUUAGUAACACGAAGCUUGUGGUUUUCUUGCAUCCUCACUACGGCCUUGGGUCCGGAGCGAAAGAGGCAUGGGGCGACCAGGAGAACGGCAAUGUCCUUUCCCUUGGAAUCGGCUUUCCAGUAGAAACGACUACGGCAAUAACCCGUCUCAUCCUAACUGGUGCCUUUGACCGAUAUCCAAACCUGCGAAUACUGCUUGCACACUCUGGUGGAGCACUCCCGCAACUCUCCUCCAGAAUAGCAUCCUGCAUUAGCCACGACCCGCUGGUAUCCUCAAGACUGAAGCACGAUAUGAGAUACUAUGUCUCCAAGUUCUACUACGAUGCGGUAAACUAUGGACCGGAGGAAAUGGGCUUUGUGGCGGAUGUAAUCGGUCGAGGCACCGCCUAUUCAAGUACGCCAGGGAUGAGAGGGGAUCGUCUAACAGGCUACAAGCGCAUAUUACUCGGUACUGGCAAGGAGGCGAAAUCAGCUAAAGUCUUAGAAACUCUGCAGGCCAUUAACGAUGUUCAACGUUGGGAGGAAGAACACAAAGACGCUGUACGAGGAGGCAACGCGAUAGAACUCUUCGGCUUGGGACAAUGA